AUGGAAUUCCAUCGAGAGGGCGCCGCGGGGCCGGGCGGCGAGGACAGGGAGGCAGUUAUGAGUGCAAUUCCUCAUAACAAACUGAGGGAGGCAGGCCUUUUGAAAGGAGGCGAUUCCCUUUACAAAAAGCUACUUCAGGAGUUCCUGCGUCUACGUCAACUUCAAUCGCGCCAUCCAGUCCGAUGGAACGAGGUCGUCAAGCAAUGCAUCGCAUUGCUCGACAUUUAUAUCGACCUUUAUGUGGAUCCCAAUUUGGAGUCCUGCGGGUGGCUCGUCCCUGGGCUCGCAGCCUUGUGCAGCAUCAUGAAUAAAGCCGCGUAUGCAGCUGACAACUCUCAAGAUGAAACUGCAGAUUUCAUGGACGACGACGAUGUCCCAGAAGAUGAAGAAACGCAGAACAAAUACACCAAGGAAGUUCUCAAUGCCAUUCGACCGAAACUGGGGAAGGUUAGGGGUGACGAGGAACGGCACGGCGCCUAUAUAGUUCUUCUGGGACAGUCAAUCAAACGAUGCCUGCAGCUCGGCAACAUGCAGAUGGCCGCUGGCUUCCUGAAACUGUGUGAUUCGAAGCAAAUCAAUUUUUCUCGCGUUCCGCGCGGCCCAAUCGUCAACUUUCGGUACUAUCUUGGCAAGUUGUACAUGCAGCAGGAGCAGUUUGAACAGGCUGAAGCGGAGCUGGUAUGGGCAUUCACACAUUGCCCGGAGGCGAAUCACAAUGUACGAAGGAACAUCUUGGAGUGUUUAAUCCCUGUGCGUCUGCGCAUGGGAAAAGUCCCGCCCCUGGAACUGCUGAGGAAGUACAGGAUGGAGCACUAUGUGCAGAUUAUCUCUUCCAUGAAAACAGGAAACGUGUCAAGUUUUGACAAAGCCAUGGAGAUCCACGAACGAAUUCUGAUAAUUCAUGGUACAAUUCUCUGUGUUGAAAGGAUCAAGUUCAUCGUGUACAGGACGCUAAUGAAGCAUGUCAAGGAGUGGUGGUUACGGAGUGGACUCGCAUCGAAGCCUAACAUAGUACCGAUAGCUGCUUUUUCAGCGGCGCUGAAAUGGCAAAGCGACAGCCUCUUCGACGAUGAUGAAAUGGCGUGUAUCAGCGCAAACCUCAUUCGAAUGGGAUACAUCAAGUUUGCCGAUAAAGUUGGUUUGAAGACGGUCAGCUGUCUCUUCAUUUUUAAGGCAUUCGACGAGGCAAAUAUCCUCUUCUCCAUCACCGACUAG